AUGUCGCCGGCGGCGCCUCGAGCUGCCGAAUAUUCAUUCGCCGUCGAGUACGACGGUCCGCCGCUAACCUACGACCUUCCUCGGGCCGUGCCGAUCAGUGUCGACAACAUUCCGGUCGCUGCAGUCGUUUCCCAAGUUCCUAGCUCCGGUGCUCUCUCAUUACCGGUUGUGCAGCCGCUCUUACCGCCGCAACAGCACCACCCUCUCAGAACCCUCGGCUCCGAACCUAGGGUUUCCAAGUUAGCGUCGGAAACGACGGUCUCUCCCACCUCCGUGAUCGCGUUCGAACACCGCGCUUCGCAGAGCAACGUCGGCGAGCUUUCCGGUGAGCUGAGCAGCUCCGGCGCGUUUGAGUUCUCCACCGGAAACGACGGCUCCGGCGACUUGUCCGAUUUGGGGGAGAGCUCGAGAGUGCUUGAAGAGACUAGAAGCUCUAGUACCGUUGAGUUUUGGGAUAAGUCAGGGAGAAGUUCUGGCGUGCUAAGGGCUUUGGAUGGAAAAGAGAGUUUGGAUUUCAACGAGUUGAAUCAGCAAGAUUGGGCAUCCACUGAGUCAGUGCUAAGUUUGGAGUAUCCGUCAACUCGGGUUUCGUCACUGAAGGCUGAGGAUAUUGAUUCUAAACGCGCCCCAUUUGUUAAGUUCUUUGUGGACUCUGAUGAUGAUGCGUUGGAUGAGUUUAAUGUGGAGGACACUGUGAGUAAACCUGUUAAAAGGGCACCUCUCACGAAGGGAAAGAAGGGGUCUUGUUAUAGGUGCUUCAAGGGGAAUAGGUUUACUGAGAAAGAGGUUUGUCUUGUUUGUGAUGCCAAAUAUUGUGGUAAUUGUGUGCUCAGAGCUAUGGGGUCUAUGCCCGAGGGUAGGAAAUGUUUGAGUUGCAUUGGAUUCCCGAUUGAUGAGGCCAAACGAGGGAGUUUGGGGAAGUGUUCUCGAAUGCUCAAACGUUUGCUUAACGAAUUGGAGGUACGGCAGAUAAUGAAGGCGGAGAGGUUUUGUGAAGCAAAUCAGCUUCCACCUGAGUAUGUUUGUGUCAAUGGCCAGCCACUUUCUUACGAGGAACUGGUUACGUUGCAGAACUGCUCGAACCCUCCAAAGAAGCUGAAGCCGGGAAACUAUUGGUAUGAUAAAGUAUCUGGUCUUUGGGGGAAGGAGGGACAGAAGCCUUCCAGAAUUAUAAGUCCACAUCUGAAUGUUGGAGGCCCCAUCCAACCGGAUGCUAGUAACGGAAACACUCAGGUUUUCAUCAAUGGUCGGGAGAUAACAAAAGUUGAGCUUCGAAUGUUGCAGUUGGCAGGAGUUCAGUGUGCUGGCAACCCACAUUUUUGGGUCAAUGAGGAUGGUUCCUACCAAGAAGAGGGGCAGAGGAAUACCAGAGGUUAUAUAUGGGGAAAGGCUGGAACGAAGCUUGUAUGUGCUUUCUUGUCCUUGCCAGUUCCUUCCAAAUCUUCAAAUUCUUUGGGAGAACAACCCUCCAGUCUAGCUAGCAGAACAAUUCCUGACUACCUGGAGCAUGGGAUAGUUCAGAAGCUUCUCUUGGUUGGUUGCAGUGGAUCUGGAACGAGCACUAUUUUUAAGCAGGCAAAGAUUCUUUACAAAAAUGUCCCAUUCUCAGAAGAUGAGCAUGAAAAUAUAAAGUUGACCAUUCAGAGCAAUGUUUAUGCCUACCUUGGCAUAUUGCUUGAGGGACGUGAGCGUUUUGAAGAUGAUUGUUUGGGGGAUUUGAAAAAAAGGCAGUCAUCUGUACUUGACAGUGCAGGAAAUAGUCCAAAACUUGAUGAUAAGACUGUAUAUUCCAUUGGCCCAAGAUUGAAAUCUUUCUCUGAUUGGUUACUGAGAACUAUGGUAUCUGGCAAACUUGAUGCUAUCUUUCCAGCUGCUACUCGUGAGUAUGCACCACUGAUUGAGGAAUUAUGGAAUGAUGCUGCCAUUAAGGCCACAUAUAAAAGAAGAAGCGAAUUAGAAAUGCUGCCUAGUGUUGCCAGUUAUUUCUUAGAGCGGGCUGUUAAAAUAUUAAGGACGGAUUAUGAACCCUCAGAUUUGGAUAUCCUUUAUGCCGAGGGUGUUACUUCAUCCAACGGGGUGGCUUGUGCGGAGUUUUCAUUUCCCCAAUCAGAUUCUGAGGAAACCGCUGACUCUACUGAUCUCCAUGAUUCUUUUGUUAGGUAUCAGCUAAUCAGAGUGCAUGCAAGGGGACUAGGAGAAAAUUGCAAGUGGCUAGAGAUGCUUGAGGAUGUUGAAAUGGUUAUCUUCUGUGUUUCCUUGAGUGACUACGAUCAGUUUUCUGUCGAUGGGAGUGGUUGUCUCUCUAACAAGAUGGUAUUGAGCAGGAAGUUUUUUGAAACCAUUGUCACUCAUCCAACCUUCGAGCAAAUGGACUUCUUGUUGAUAUUAAACAAAUUUGAUCUGUUUGAGGAGAAAAUUGAACAAGUUCCUCUGUCUAAGUGUGAAUGGUUUUCUGAUUUCCAUCCAAUAAUCAGCCGCAAUCGUCCUAACAGCAAUACCAACAGCAUUAAUAAUAAUCCCUCCCUUGGUCAACUGGCUUCCCAUUACAUAGCGGUUAAAUUUAAAAGGCUUUUUUCAUCUCUUACCGGUGGGAAGUUGUAUGUGUCCCUGGUGAAGGGGUUGGAGCCUGGUAGUGUUGAUGCAGCACUUAAAUACGCCAAGGAGAUUUUGAAGUGGAACGAAGAGAUACCAAACUUAAACUUUAGCUUGAGUGAGUACUCUAUGUAUAGCACUGAGGCGAGUUCAUUCUCUUAUUGA